GUGGUCUCCCAUGGCAACCGCCCCGUGUCACCGCUUGCACUCCGGUAGAAGUAAGGCAGGAGCUCCGUUCGGGAUCAGAUGAGAAUCUUCUGCACCGUAACAAGUCCGCCGGGGUCGAGUCGCCUUCACGUCGGUGUCAGACCGCCGAGCCUGCAAGCUGGACAAGUGGAGGGAUUUGAAAGAGACGGCGAGCGAACGAGCACCAUGAGUCACUUCGGGCUUAUUUCAGCCUACAAUAGCCUGACAGACAAACACCUGACUGGCUACUUCAGCAGCGCUCGCAUCAGGAAACACUUGCAGAGAGCCGGAUUGAUCACCCGGAGCGGGCGUAUCGUUCCGGACAAAGAGUACAAACGCAAGCUGCUCCAGAGGGCCCACCAGAGACAUGUCAGAGAGUGCCUGGCCCAGGCCAUUUUCCUCAAGGUGCUGGAGAUGGAGCGUCUCCAUCAGAUGGAGAUGAAAAGAAGACUGGAGGAGUUUGCCAGGAGGGAGCGAGUGCACAAGAUGAAGGUGGAGCGCACAAAGCGAUUUGAGGACGACGUCGCAAUGAUGUCGCCACGCCCACCCGCGGGCGCGAGGGCUGUCAGGAAACAGCGCUCGGGAUCCUCAGAGUCUCCGUGCUCGCCUCGACCCAACACGGCUCCGGGAAAGAUGCAGCGGCCCGCGCGCUUGAAGCCCAUCCGCAGCGGCAGCAAUAAGCGCAGCUCCCCUCAAAGAGUCCGGCAGGCACUCAGCGACAACCACCCGCCGUUCAACUGCACUACGGAGAGGCAGUCGAGGAAACGCGAGACAACCCCGUGGGAUCCCCCGUUGGGCGUCUCACCUUACUGCCUGCCGGUCAUCAACAACUUUGUCACGCCGCUACCUCCCGCCACCAAGAGGAAAGCCAGGGGGCCCGGCUACGCUCCCAGCGGCACUCCUAAUCUCAGGGGCCGUCGACUGCUGCGCACCACCACCGUCUCCUGUGCAGUCGACGCCAAUGAGCAGCCCUCUCUGAGGACUUCAGUGGCCCAGAGCAGAGUGUGUGUCACCAUGGUUUAUUUUGGCCAAUCGGUGCGUCUCUCCCAUGACUCGGAGGACCGGAGGGACGAGGUGAAAGUGUUUCAGCAACACUGCGGAGGCGAGAACCUGUGCGUGUACAAGGGCAAGCUCCACGAGGGAGAGACGUUCCAGUUUGUGUCGAGACGACAUCGAGGUUUCCCCUUCAGCUUGACGUUCUUCCUGAACGGCCUGCAAGUGGAGCGGCUCAGCUCGUGCUGCGAGUUCAAGCACAGACGAGGCCCGAGACUGGGCGGCAGGCACGGACACUUUGGCUUCACCGCCGUAGAGCGGGCCUCGCCCUGCUACAAGUGCAUAAUCGCAAUGGGGCUGGACAAAAUGCCCACUCCUCCACCCAAGAGGGUCAAAGAUGCCGAAGAAAGCGUCAAGGAGCACGGGAGCACAUCCCACUCGGGACGUGCAAGCACCUCUCCACAACAAGAGGACAAACACCGAGAUGAUUAUGAAGAGGAUUUUGAAGGAGACGACGCCGCUGCCGCCGAUGAAUUCAGUGUCAAGAAAGCAUCUCCGACCAGUGGAACGGACGCGCGGACCAAAGAUGAAACUUCAUCCGACUCUGAAGAUGACGGCUGGGACGACGACGACACCCGGCCUCCUUCCAGUUCCAGCUCCAGCGAGGAGAGCGACGUCGACGCCGGCAAAGACUCCAGACUGCCCGAAGAAGCAGAAGAAAGCGACGACGUCCUCCAGGAUGAAACGGCGGAUGAGAAAGAACAAGUGCACCCAGAAGAAGACGCGGCUAUCGAGUCGAGCACGGAAGUCGACGUUUCUGACACCGGCGAGAAAGAACACAGCCAGGAGGCCUAUGGAGAGAACGCAGAGGGCGAGGUGGCAGAAGAUGGGACCAAGUCGGGGGAACCGGAGAGGGCCAAAUCUGUACAGGAGAAGCUAGCCGAAGCCAUACUGCAGAAUUUGCGGUCCAGUUCUGAGCCAGAGUUGAGUGACACAAGCACCGAAGAGAAGGAGGCGGCGUCCACGGAUCAAGGCCAGAAGGAAGCGCUGUUGGCGGAAUCUAAAUUAGAGGAAGCGUCUGAGACAAAAGAACACACUAAAGCAGGCCAAGAAGAACCCCAUGAGAACUCUGAAAUCUCCAAAGAUGAGAUGGGAGACGGUGUGAAAGCAAUGGAGCAGGAGGAGGUGAAAGUAGCAGAGGAUGGAGGUGAUUCUGAGAAAACGAAGCAAGGCGAGCCUCAAGACAAUGCUUCAGCUAUCGCCAUUGAUAAGACGAUUGUGGAUGCUGAUGCAGAAGCGAAGCCGGCCAGCAACACAACAGAAACGAAGGCAGAAGAGACAGCUGAAGGAUCAGAAAUUGAAGUAAAACCAGAGGACUUACACGGCUUGUUGGAGGCGAAAGAAGAUGACGUAAAGGAUGAGGGCAAUAGAAAGGAAGAGGUGGAUGAAGCAUCAGGAGAUAUUGGGGCCACUGGUGAAGGACGGGACGAUCUCGUGACAAAAUGCGAGGAACACAGUAAAGAACAGGAAGAAAAAAUCCACCUGAAUGAGAACCCGAGUAACGCUAAUGAGGGAAGGGAAAAGGACAGAAGUUGGACCGAGAAAAGCCAUAAAACUGAAGAAAACACUGCCGAGGUCACAAACGUUGAAACACAAAGCAACAACGAAGAAGCAGUGGCGACCCUCAGUGAAGAAGAUAAGGCUGGUGAAUUGGAAAAAACUGAGACAGACAAUGGUGAGGGUCUCCAUGUAAAGAGCAUAGAGGCCGAAGAAGUACACACAGAAAAGGCUCAUGAAGUAAACGGAGCAAACACAGACAAUGAAGAUAAAAUGGAAGCGAUAAACCAAGACGAGAAGGAAGCUGAAGAAAGUAAAGACGUGACAGACAAAGAUGAGGCAAUUAUUACGGCUCAAACCGAGGAAGAUGAAGAAAGGCAAGAUGUGAUGGAUAAGGACAAAGAAGAUAAAAUCGUUACCGCAGAGGAAAGGGAAGAAAUACACGAAGAAACUACAGAUAUUAAGGAAGAAAGUAAUCGCACUGAGAAAGACGAGAAUGAAACUCAAGAAAUUGAAGAUGUGACGGAUAAGGAUAAAGAAGAGAAUAUCAUUAUGUCUGAGGUCAAGGAAGGAGAAGAACUAGACAAAGCAAUCACUGAUAAUAAGGAAGAAACUGAAGCAAUAGAAGAAGAUGAAAACAAAGCUGAAGAAAAUAAAGACGUGACGGACAAAGAUGAAGAAGAGAAAAUAGCUGAUGCUCAGAACAAGGAAGGUGAAGAAAUAAGCAAAGCAAACACUGAUGACAUGACAGAAAGUAAAGCGGUAGGGAAUGACAAGGAAGAUGAACAAAGUAAAGAUAUCACAGGCAAAAAUAAGGAAAUUGUUACUCCUCAUACCGAAGAUGGUGACUUAAUAAAAAAAGCAACCACUAACAUCAUGGAGGAAAGUGAAAUGAGACGGAAAAAUGACAAUGAAGCUGAAGAAAGUAAAGCCGUAACGAUUAAAGAUGACGACGAGGAACUCAUUAAUGCUGAGACCAGGGAAAGUGACCAAAAAAACGAAGCCAUCACUUACAAGACGGAGGAAAGUGAACACAAACACGAGACUAAAGCUGAAAAAAGCAUAAAUACAACCGAUGAAGCGGAAGUGGAGAAGCUUGUCACCGCUGACACAGAGGAAAGACAAGAAACCUCCAAGAAUGCAGAGGAACCGGAGAAAACGUCAGACGAGCACUUACAAAAUGAGGACGAAGACAUUGUGACGCAUAAUGUUGGUGUCUUUCAAGCAGCAAAUGAAAUGAGCACGACUAAAGAGACGCAAGUAGACAAAGUUCAGAUGAUCGAAAAUGGUCAAAACGGGGCGAUGUCCACUCAAGUACAAAGUAUUGCUAACGGGGACAAAAGCGAUGGUAACACUUCAGUGCAAAUCGAACAACGACAGCCUGAAGAAGAGUCCCCUGAACACAAAGGUUUGGAGGUAAAGAUGGAAAUAUUUGGAGAUGUCCACACGCUAGAAGGUGAUGCCGAGGUUGAGUGUAAUAAAAAUAACUUAGAAACCCUAGUGUCUGGAGUUGACUUAAUAGAGGACUCGGAGUCUCAUGCUCCAAACAGUAGCAGACACGACAGCAAGGUUGAGAAAAUCAAAGAAACUCCUAAAACCAAGGCUGAACCAUCAUCUGUAGUUGUCGACGAUGCUGAAAAAUCAUCCAAAGAAGAAGAGGAAGAGUUUUCCAAACUCCCAAGCAAGGACAUGGUCUCCACCGUGAGCUUGCAAAGGGCUGAAGCUAGGACAGAGAAGGCCAGCAAGGCCUCGGAGGAAGACGCAAGCAUGCUUCUCCAACCAAAAACACAGUCAAAUACUCAAUCCAUCACUCAGCUCCCACAUGGAGAAAGUCCAGAGGCGCUGGCCAGAGCGAGCAGUUCGGAGCUAGUCAACAACUGGCUAACAAUGCAUCAAGCAUCCAACUUCUUUGAGACCUUCGUUGAACCUCUGGAAGACAUGAGGGGGUCUGAUGUGGGUGUCAGCGUGAAUGUCAGACAGUCUCCAGAGUUUCCGAAAAUAGUUGAGCUGUCCCAUACGGAAGCGGCACCAAAACACGUGGAAGAAGGUAACACCAAACGCGAAGCUCAUUCCCAUCCUGAGAGCCUUUCCAUUAAAGACGACUCGGAGAAGGUGUCCAAUGAACACCUGAAACAGAUGCUACCAAAAAUCGAGAAUGAACCAAAGCUCGGGCAGGAAGAUGAGAGUGAAGAAUCUCUCGUUGAAGACAAGGUUGGAUCAACACAUGGGUGGAGAGCGGCGACCAUGUCAGGAACCAAACCUGAGAAUGUCGCAGAAAUCAUCGAGAAUGGGCUCCACUUGGAUGUCGAGCCCACAUCAACCGAAGACAAGAACGGCUCUCCAAAAAACGAUAUUCACCCUGCCGAUGAGAAAGUCGAAGAGCGGACAUCUCCAGAAGGAAAGAUGCACGAAGAAGUUCAAGAAGUAACUGAGGUUAGUCAUUUUACAACAUCCAGGUCAGACGUCGGAAGCCGCGUGGGCGUUGGGGGCAAACCGUCCGUCAACGGGAGCGUGCGGCAAAUGGACGACACGGUCAGUCAAGACCGUUUGAGCGUGUUGUCAGUGGACAAACUGCCUUUUGCUCCAAGCUCUUACUCUUUGUUGGCAUCAGCCAGGACCGAGGGUGGACAUUAGACAACAUGCUUGUCUAUAGCUUUCCAUUAGAAACAGUCCCAGGUUGUCACUUAAAAGUGGCUACUUUGUACAAAGCAUGCGUUUGCCGAAUGGACUGAGUGACACAUUGGCAUUAUCAUGACCGUAAAGGCAAAGGUCCUCUGGGAAUCGCUGUCUAUAUCAGUGGUUCUCAGACCCCUGGGGAAUAUUUAGGGUGAAAUGCUCAACAAAUAAAUCAUUUACAUGGCAUUUAGGGGUUCACAUGUAAUUUAGGUUUAUUUUGGCAUUAGGAUUAUGAGGGGUGCUCGAAAACAUUUCUCCCCUUGGAUCCAAAAGGUUUGACAAAACCUGGUUUAUAUUUUCCUUGUGCCGAAAGAAUUGCAAUUUUGGGUGGCCUCAACAUGCCUGAAAACUCACCAAUCUUUGCACAUGCAUAGAUCCUGGUGAAAUGAAUACUCAAUGUUUUUAUUGAUUUGCCACCGACAGCAGAUUCACCGUCACGAAAUUGGGUAGACACUUCUUUUAUAACAGGACUCAUGGAAACGGUCUCAAGGACCCAUGCCCAAAAUUAGACAGGAAGUCGGUCAUUUUCUAUUGAAGCGGCAAUUUUGGACAACUUUCAGGGUCUAUGGAAUCCUGUCUGCCAAAUCAUUUUGUGGCCCACGACAGCAAAUACAUUUGCUGUGUCUACUUCAUGUUUAUUGCUGAAUGGAUUUGUUCUCAUUUUUGCAGAAAAUCAGCAUAUGAUUUCACAUUCUAAGGGUUCUCUGAGAGAAAAAAUAAUGAUGAUGACGAAAACGGGUUUGUCCCCCGUUCACGGCGUAAGAGUUUGACAACCAGUUCGAGGAUUAGCAGUGCAAGGACCCUGUUGGAAUGCUAUUGGUUCUUACGGUCUGCCUAACGUUGAAUGAUGUUCAGGUCCUAGGAAACCCAGGUUUUUCAAAUAGCUGUCAUGCAUUAAUCACUAACGAGAAGCUUGGUAAUGAGUUGUGAAUCCCGCGCACAAUGUUCACAAUAGCAGAUCUCUUCUCAAAGAGGCCUGGUUAGUGGGAGGCAUUGAGUGCUAUCGCCUCUUACCUGCAAGCAGAUACUCCUCCUCGGCACACACUCACAAACGGUUGAAUAAUUCACAGCGACUGGUCUCCCUGGAUUUACCUUCGCCGCGAUGGACCCGCACUUUUAACAUCAACAUCAUGUGUUUGUGUACAUUUUGGCAUGAUGAGCGCUAACGUUUCGUCAUCAAUGAAAUCUUUUGUGAUAACAUGAAGAAAACAGUGUAAACACUGCCUAUGUUUACUCCUGCAUAGAUGAUUUAUUUAUCGCAUUUAUUGUGUGCGUUUGCAGGGCAUCAUCUUAUCAGCGGUUUGGCUAUUGACGAAAUAA